GCAACGUCCAAUUCCUCUCUAUCCUAUAUCCUCUAUCUCUGCUUGCCUCUGGUCUGAAGAACCUUCACAUGCCCAUAUUUAGUCAUACAGAAAAUAUGCCCAUUGGACAUAAUAGAUACUCUUCUAUAGAGUACCUAAUGAUGCCUGAGCUUAUUCAUCAUCAUCUCGUACGGCCUUAUUGUAGUGUCGAACUACAAGUUUCUAGGUUCACUAAUUCUCUCUGGAAAAAGCCUACUCAGCUUAGACAGCACGUAAUCGAACAUUCUAUCCGCACUAAGAUACAGGAAAAGGACACCUGGUCUGAUGUUAUUUGAGCAAGCAGGACGAGGCGUUGCGUCUCACCGCUGGACUUACAGCGCCAGACGUCAUGGUGUGCAUGUGGGAUGCUGAUAUCGAUGCACUGCACAUUGCCCUCAUAUCAGCACACCGCAAUAAUAUGUUGCCUCCGAUCGACUGAAAAUCAGCCAAACUCGAAUCCGUGCGAGGGAGGCGAAUUUGUAGAAAUCCAACGAGCGAAAAAAAAA